GUCUACCUGGGCCUGGCCGUGGUGCUGUGCAUCGGGCUGACGAUCGUGAGUGCGGCUGGGCUGUGCCUCUUCAUUGGGUUCAUCCCGACGGAGAUUCACAAUCUGAUGCCUUUCCUCAUCCUCGGGAUCGGCAUCGACGACUCGCUCGUCAUCAUCCAGUGCCUGGAGAACGUGGUGUCAAAAGAAAGGACUUUGAACCCGGAGGAACGAGUGGGAGAAGCGUUGAGGCAGGCUGGAGUCUCCAUCACCAUCACGUCCAUCACGGACGUCUUCGCCUUCGCCAUUGGAGCCACUACG